AUGACUGACGUAGCCGCACAACAGGACGACCCGGAACCCACCUUCAUCUCGGCCUUGCGUGAACUCGAGAGCCCCGUAAACGACGACGUCCUCAACCUAGCUGCCACGCUGGGUACCCACACGGAACACGGAGACGCCGUCAUCGUAGAGGUAGCAGAAGGUGUCGACGCCGACGACGACGACAUUGAACGCGCCCACGUGCACUAUCUCCGCGCUGCACGCGAGCGCGACCAGGCGCGAUUGAACCGAUCACAGGAGCGAUUGCGCCUGUUGGAACGGCAGCGCGACGAGCUUGAGCAGCGGGACCGACUACGACGAGUGAUGAGUCGUCUCAGCCGGCUCAGCGACAACAACUAUGGCGACCGCGUGCCCAGCCAGAACAGCCUGUAUGACUGGUCACCGGCCAGCGAGGCACCUGGCGCGCCCGAGAGCUCAUUGAGGUCGACGGCCAUUCUACAAUCUGCGGGCGUGCGACGGCAUCCACGCUUCUCAGCGCGCACCAGAGAAGCCACCACCAGCGAAGCACCCCCUCGCCACGUUUCACACCGCAGUCUUCGAGACAUGCUUGCCGCGAGAUCCAGCCUCUUCAGCGAAUCCUCAGAGCGAGACCGCCAGCCCACGCCGCGCCAGCGAUCUUCCGACACCAGAAUGUCACCCAUGCUUGAGCAGACGGUCAAGUAUCUGUCGCGCAUACGUCAUUGCCAGUCCGAAGACGAGAGCUGGGAGCGAGCGCGAGAUGCAGGUAUCCUGACCAAGGACUACUUCUUGCAACAUGCAGAUUUCGUUGCAGAUACCUCCGCCAUACCUCCACCCACCGAGACGUCGUGGUUAGCCCCAGGGGCAGUACUCUCGGGAUGCCAGCAUGCGACGACGAUGCCAGCUGUGACUACCUCGUAUAGUCGACACGCGGGGCUCCCUCCACCCAUCCGACCGUGGAUAUGGAACCCCUCCGAAGCAUCCACCAGUCGAAGCUCGCAGCACUCUGAAGCGCAACCACACCAAGACCGAUGGCCCGUAAAGGUCACGAUACACGACGUCGACUGGGAGCACAUGUCUCUCUCCGCGACCAUGGAAGCGUAUAACGUACCCUCCCACCCGCAUUCGCACACCAUCUUCCCCACCAACAAUGCCACGCCGCCCGUCACCCGCACAUCCUCCAUAACAACCUACCUCGAAGGCGAAAUCCUCGACUUCAACAACCACACCCUCCUCACCGAAUCCUUCAAAUCCAACGCCGCAAACGACGCAACAUACUGGCGCAAGCUGCCUCCCUUCCAAAAGAUGAACGACGAAGACGUCGUCAGGGCGCUAACUAGCAAGAAGUGGCUCACCGAAGUUCUAGGCCAGGACUGGAUACUCAUGCGCUGGAAAGAGCGGUGCUUCGUAAAGAGCUUGAACCGCAGCACACCAGACCCUGUCCAACCACCGCCCUCCACCACGAUACCCUCCUCGUUUGGCGCCGACGCCGGUCCAGCACCCAAUCCCUGGUCCUCGACUGCUUCCACAAACAACUACCCACCCUCCGCUCCGAAUACCUCCACGCAACCCUCGUCACAACUCCACCCCUCGCCCUACCGCAUAGUCCGCAAUGCGCAAACGGGUCGUGCUGAAGUCGAAAUCACGCCACAACCCCUCUUCAACGCAGUAACCAACGAUGCCGAACAUGCUACGUUUGAUGACUCGGGCUGCGGACUUACAAUCAGUGGCUUCUACUAUGUUGCGCUUGAUCGGCGGAGUGGGAUGCUUGAGGGGUUAUAUUAUGAUCCGCAGAGUAGUCCGUAUCAGUGUCUGAAGUUGGAGAGUGUCAACGGGGGGUUGAGGAGUGCUUGGGGGUUUAGGUGA